GCAAUGUCAGUUGACCCUCUUCAGUUUCCUCUCUGCGACGAAAAAUUUUAACGAUUCCAAUCAGGAAUUCCAGAAAAUAAUUUAUUGAUUUUAAUUUUAUUUUUCGAGUGCUUCUUUGUAAAUGAAUCCAAUAUAAAUUGUUAUAUAAAUAAGUAGUGAACACAUUGCAAGAUUUUCACAUUUAAACUAUUUAAUACAUAAAAAUAAAUACAAUGGAUAUUGGAUUUUCUUCUUAUCACAAUGGUGGUCCAGUUAGAGAACAAGAUUUUGAAAGACUUUCGCAAACGGUUGGAACAUCAAUACUUAAAAUAUCUCAAAAUGUAUCAUCAAUGCAAAAGAUGGUUAAUCAGCUGGGAGGAUCAACAGAUUCUCAAGAGCUCAGAAAUCAACUUCAUCAAAUUCAACAUUAUACUCAACAAUUAGCGAAAGAUACCAAUGUUCAUCUCAGAGAUUUGGCUGCAAUCGUCAGUAAUUCAUCUUCAAGUAGUCCAGGUGAACAGACUCGAAGGAAAAUGCGAAUGCAAACGGAAAGACUUCAGGAUGAAUUCAUGACAGCUUUAAAUAGUUUUCAAAGUGUUCAGAGAUCUGCAGCAUCAAAAGAGAAAGAAAUGGUUAGAAAAGCUAAAGCAAGUGUUGGUGUGGGAGCUUUCGGUGAAAAAAAACAAGAAACACUUAUUGAACUGCAAGAUAGUAGAACACAAAAACAGAUACAACAACAGCAAAUGAUUGAUGAACAAAAUUUGCGAAUGUUGGAAGAACAGGAGGCCAGUAUACGUCAAUUAGAAAACGAUAUUAGUGAUGUAAAUCAAAUAUUCAAAGAUUUGGGAGCUUUAGUACAUGAUCAAGGUGAAGUAAUCGACUCUAUUGAAGCAUCAGUAGAACGAACAGAAGUAUUUGUUAAUGAAGGAGCUCAACAACUGAGGACAGCUGCGACUUACCAAAAUAAAAUACGAAAAAAGAAGUGUAUAUUAGUUAUAAUUGGUGCAGUAGUGCUCUCUAUAUUAAUUGGUAUAAUUGUCUGGCAAACUUCUUAAAAAUAACUUUAGAUUCGGAUGUUCUGGAUUUUUUAUGCGUAUGAAUCAACAUUCUAUCUUUUUCACACGAAUGUCCAAAAUUUUUUUACCAAUUUAUGGGAUAAAAAUUUAUUAUAUUUCGUUGAAUAUUUAUGCGGAGUAAAGAAUUACAACAAAUAAUCGGAAAUCAUUUGUUUGAGUCUGUUUGGAAGAUUAAUCAUUUAUAUCAUGGUAAAUAAUUUUUAAUUCUACAAACCAUGUUUAUCAUAAUUUAUAAUUAUAAAGUAAAUUAAAUGGAACGUAAAUAAUACCACCAUGUACUUAGUACAUGAUAUUCUAUUUAUAAGAAAUAUGACUCAUUAAAAUGAUAACAGUCCAGUUAAAUGCAUAUAGGAAGUAUAUGAAAACUAAUGUAUCAUGCCGAUUGAUAUUUUCAUUUCUUUCAUUUUUUAUUCAUUAAAAAAUAGAUAUUGUCAUUCUGAUAGAAAUAAAAUUUCUUUAAUCAUUCCUUCAUAAUAUCACUAAAAUAUACAAUUACAAUAUUUAUCGUUCUCUUUCAUCUUUUAAAAAGACUCAUUUUUCGAAAGAAACUAAGCUUUAUUAUUAGUUGUAUUUAAAAGAUUUAUGUAUAAUCGCAUGUAAUAUAUUUUGAUUAACUAAUGUUAUUGUUUUGAACAAACGUAAUAAACUAUAUAUAUACAUAUAUAUAUAUAUAUAUCUACUAUAUAUCAGCGGCUUGUCAUGUUUCAUUUCCACUCAAAAUCGUUUUAGUGAUUACAAUGAUCAAUCUUGAUUUUUAAAUAUAGAGAGCAUAACGCGCUCUUUAAUAAAUUUAUCGUUUGAUUACUGACAUACAGUA